UAUCUAUAUAUCUAACGGUUCAAUCUUCUUCUCACUUUCACCUCGGAAAGCAACCAUGUCUUCAUCAAGUCCACCGAGUCAGAUCGUCGAGCACAUCGUCCUUUUCAAGGUCAAGGACAACGUUGACUCCGGCAAGAUCUACACCAUGGUCAACGACCUUAACAAACUAGCCACCAUCGACAAGGUGCUUUACCUCUACGCAAGUCCUAUCCACCGUCUCAAAUCAGCCUCCUCCUCCGGCUUCACUCACGUCCUCCAUAGCCGAUACAAAACCAAGGAAGAUCUAAACGCGUAUGUUGAUCAUCCCGAUCAUCUUCGCGUCGUGGAGGAAACGAUGCCGAUCUGGGAAGACAUCUUGGCCGUCGAUUAUAUCGCCGAUCAAGUCCCCGGAACCCUAACGCCGCCUCCAAGAUCGGCUGCUAGAGUCACGUUACUCAAGGUGAGAGAGAAUGUCCCCGAGGAAGCGAAAAAGGAGAUUGUGGAAGCGAUUAAGGAGAAAUCUUCUCCAGGGAUUGAUCAGAUCACUGUCGGAGAAAACUUCACUCCGGUGAGAGCUAAAGGUUUCUCGAUCGCAUCGGUUGCGUAUUUUACGGGUUUAGGUGAAAUGGAGCCUCACGAGGAGUUGGUGAAGGGAAAAGUUGGUGAGUAUCUCGAGGAUUCCAUAGUUGUUGACUUCGUGUUGCCUUCUUAGAGGCCUGUAAAAAAAAGCUCAAUAAUUUCAUCUUCUUGAAGAUGAAUAAUAAUAAUAAACUAUGCAAUAAUCCGAAAUUUGCGACCAA